AAUCUCAUUCGGUCUCGUGUCAGUGUGAUUCCCAUUUACAAGAUGGUGGUUUUGUUAUUCAUGUUUCGAUCAGGGAUGGGUCGUUAAAUGAAUUGCCACCGUCUUGAGUGGCUGCUUUUAUUAUUUCAAGCGAUAAAUUACCGAGAUGGGUUCCAGAUUAAGAUCACAUGGUGGAAACUGUUGUUUUGUUCCAGGCCAAAUAUGAAUCUGCAGUUUGGGAUCAAAGAGAAAAUCCAGAAAGAAUAUUUGAACUUUUUGUAGAAAUUGGCAAGCCAUCGGGUGACAAAGAAGAACCAUUUAUUCUGCAACAUUACCCACCUAAUUACACCGAUGAAGGAAUUUUAAAAGAUGUUCCAAAGUUUGCUUAUCCUUGUUCAACAGAAUGUGCUGCCGUUGACUAUUUCACCUUUGUACUUACUGAUACUAAGAGUAAGUUUACUUAUGGAUUCUGUCGACAUGCUACUAGUGCUCAAACGUGCCUGUGUAUACUCAGUUCCCUUCCUUGGUAUGAGAUCUUCUACCGUUUCCUCAAUCUACUUGCCGAAAUCAGUAACCGCACUGAAAAGAAUGAUGUUACUUUGCUUCUUAAUGAGGCGUACAAGCUUGAUUUACCUGAACCUUGUAGUCAGGUGACAAUUGUAGCCCAGGAAGAGAUGUUUACUUUCACUGCUCCUGAUCCAAAUAAACUCCCCAGCAUUCCAGCGAGUCGAAAUUUAACAGAAUAUUACAAUGCAAUGGAUACCAGGAAUAUGGUUAAGAUAUUUGCAAGUUUGCUUCAUGAACGUCGAAUCCUGUUUAUUUCCAAGAAGUUGAGUCGUGUCACUGCCUGCAUUCAUGCAGCUGCUGCUUUAAUUUAUCCAAUGAACUGGCAACACUUGUUCAUUCCUAUUCUUCCAAACAGCUACACAGAUCUCCUCAGUGCUCCUAUGCCUUUCAUGAUUGGAGUACAUUCAACAAUGAUGGAAAAAACAAAGAAGAUGGACUUGAGUGGUGUGGUUAUUGUUGAUACAGACAAUAAUACUGUAACACAAGACCUACAAGACGAUGAUAGUCUUCCAGAUGAGAUGACUUCAAUUUUAAAGAAAAUGCUUAAAAAUGACAAGGUGAAGUCUUCAAUGCAACUUGAAGGAGAUGCUAUAUCACAAGCUUUCCUUAUGAGUUUAGUCCGGACCAUUGGUGGCUAUCGAGAUGCUCUAAAAUUCCAACCCAGUGAGAAGAUCACAUUUCAAAAAGAUGCAUUCUUAUUGUCAAGACCCAGUAGCAUGCGACCAUUCUUAGAAGAUCUACUUGAACUUCAGAUUUUUCAUGAAUUUAUUAACGAGCGAUUAGAUAUGUUGAACUGUGGCAUUGGUUUUACUGAUGUGUUUGAAAGAGAAGCCACUCUCCAUGCGGAUAAAUUGAAUGCACAUUCAAGAUAUAAAGAAUGGUUAAGCAAUAUGAAGAAACAAGGGAAGAAAUUACAGAGAGGAGGAAAAGAUAUAUGGGAUGAUUUCAAAGUGAAGGCAGGACCUGCUAUGAAUAAUGCUGUCCAGUCUGUGAAAAGCCAGAGUAAGAAAACGUAUACAGGGCUCAAAUCUAAAAUUGAAGACUUCUACAAGGAGGAUCUGAUUCCAGGAAGUAAUAAACUCACAAAUUUGAAAAUCCGAUCUGGAGGAAUAAAGCCUUCCACAAUUCUUGCUUCUGAAUUAAAGUCACUGAGGCCACCACGACCACCGCCUCGUAUAAAAUCAAGUAUAACUCGAGGGUCUCCAAAGAUCUACUCCCGUGCCUCUGAUAGGAACUCAGAGUGUCCAGAUUCACCAAAAGACCGUUCUAAGCAUUAUCGACUGAUCAAUGUUGAAGACAAGACAUCUGAUGACUUUGACUUGUUACGCAGCCAGAGGGUUGGCAUUAACCUUCUGGAUGAUCCUGAUAUUCAGAGUGCCAUCCGCAAGUCUGUUAGUCUUGAAGAAAUCACUCAUCCUAGAGAAGAAAGUGAUUUGUCAUCACUUGACAGUGGAAGUGGUACUCCAUCGGAAGGAGCCCAAUUUUCAUAUGUGGACCUGACCACAAUUGAUGAAUCAGUGGAGUUAGCCAGUGCUGGGAACAAAUCCUUACCUACUACAAUCACUCGACAAUGGUCAUCUCCAUCCAAUACCACUUUGUUCUCAAUGGAAGAAUCGGCUCCUGUUGGGAACAUUGACCAAUGGCAAUCUUUUGAUUCUCCCGAGAAAAAGCCUCCAGACAUAAACCACAGUGCUUCUCAUCUCUAUCCUCAACCAUCUUCUAGUGUCACUGCAACAAAAGACAACAUUCAGGAGAAGGAACAUGAUGUGAGCAACACCACAGUUAACAGUUGUGCUCCAAAGGCUCCUGCAGUUCCCCCUCGGCCCUCCGCUAAGACAGUUGCAAAUACUGUAGCAUCUUUUCAAGAUGACUUUGCUCCCAUGUUACCACCCCGAGGGAAAAGGGCAGAUUCAGAUUUUAUGAAAUUUGAGGAAAGUACUUCAUUUGACCCCUUUGAAGAUAAUUCACAAAAUCCCUCUCUGGCUGGACCAGAGACUGCUUCAACAACAAUAACUUUAGAAGGACCCCCUGAAAAAACAAAUUUUCGACGAAAAGUAGGUGGUACAUCUAUUUCCCGAACACCAGCAUUCCGUCGUGCCAAACAAAAUUCCCUUAAUAUUACCUCAGAGCCCCCUGAGGUUGUUGACAAUAGAGAUGAUAGGGUGAAAUCCAGUGACCCCACUUCAAUGUUUGACCCUCUUACCAAUCCUGAUGCUGUGGAGGUUAACUCCAGUCAAGCAGAAUCUUCAAAGGCAGCGCCCUCUGAUGAUGAAGAAUUGUUGCGAGAUUGGGACUUUCAUAAGAAAACCUCUUACAAUUGUAUUUCAACUGUUCCCCCUACAUUAACCUCUCAAUCCUCUGUUUCAGCUGUCCCCGCUUCUCCUUUUUUCCGAACCCCUCUUCAUCCUUCAUCUUCUCCACAACUCAGAUGUAAAUCAGCCAAUAUAAGAGAUUAUAGUCAGAUCAGUCGACAACGUACAAUUGAAGUUGAUACAACUCAAAGACCAGGCUCAAGUGACCUCUUUGCUGAUCUUGUUGACCUUCAUCGGGGUAAAAGCCGAACUCCCUCUCCUCAACCGAAAUCAUGGCAAGCUUUCCAGUAGAGCAUGUUGUUAAUGUUUAAAUUAAUUAAUUAUCUUUGCAAAUUAAGCUGACCUACCAGUUUUAUUAAUAAUGCAAAUAUAAUUGACAGUUUUAAUAAAAUAGUAAAAUAAAUUUCCAAAAUUUAAGAUUAAAGUUGAAAAUUGUUUGAAGAUUAAGAUUUUAUUUCAACUCUAUUAGAUAGAGUUCCAUUGGCCUCCAUAGUUUACCAGAGAAUUUCUUCUCUUCCUUUCCUUGUAAUUCUACACAAGAACAUAUUUCUAUCUUUCUCACUCAACUCUCCAAUACCAGUGUCAAAAUCUUGCUCUAUUUAGGAAAAUUCUGCUUAUAUUUCUAAUCAGUUUUCUCAUUCAUUCUGUAUCGAACUAAUACUAUCCCGGUUCUGGAAAAGGAGGUCUAUAGCAUUUUCCCCUGAAAUCAACCGAUAUCGGAACAAAGUACCCUGAUGAUUUACUUAAUUUAUACUAUGAACUGGCAUGCUUUUCACAUAAGCCAGCAAUGUUUCCUUAUGUCUUGUCACUAAAUGCUUUGUUUUUUUUUAUUUUUAUUAAUAGUUAUUUUUUGUUUUGUUUUGUUCUGUUGUUGAAACUUUGCUAUGUGCAAAAUUGAGAAACUUGACCAUAUAAGGAAACAGUUUUUGUGUUUCUUUAUCGAGUAAAUUCCAAACUGAUUGAAAUAAUAUUAAAAUUUACUUGCCUUUC